AUGUCAGACUUCGACGAGACCCUCCGCUACGGCGGCCCACAGGCAGACGAGCAGACUGAUGAUGCCGCUCGCAAAGCUGAAGAGCGUGAGCGUAAGAAGGCCGAAGUACGAAAGCGACUGGAAGAAGCUGGCGCAAAGAAGAAGGCCAAGAAAGGUUUCCUCACGCCAGAGAGAAAGAAGAAACUUAGGAAACUUCUUAUGAUGAAAGCCGCUGAAGAUCUGAAACAACAGCAAUUGUUGAAAGCACAAGAACGACAAAAGGCUCUUGCAUCACGAAUUAUUCCAUUACCAGAUGUUGACAAGAUCGACGAUAAGGGUCAACUCGAAAAGAUCUACAAUGAUAUGUUUGAACGGGUGAAGAAAUUGGAAGAGGAAAAAUAUGACAUCAACUUCACUGUCACACAAACUGAAGCCGAAAUCAACGAGCUCACGAUUGCUGUCAAUGAUUUGCGAGGCAAAUUGUAG